AUGCCGUCAAGUAAUCCUUUCCCAUUCGCCUUCUUUGGCGUUUGCGGGCUUUCAUCAGUACAGUCUGGUGUACUUUUUAGCAUUGGUCUUGAUGUUUUGGAUGGUGCCGCAGAAGGAGCAUCACUAAGAGCCCUAUUCGUACGUCGAGGAAAUCACGUUCCCGCAGUCGCUCGCGCUCAAGAUCUCGUGACCGCAAGCGCAGCCGUUCGUCAUCGCGUUCUUCAUCCCGCUCUCGCUAAGAAGUGA